AUGAGCGGGAAGCUGACGACGUUCCUGUGGCCUGGCACGGGAGGCAUUGUGGAUGACACGAUUGUCACGAGGAUCGGUGAGGAUGAGUACUAUGUCGUGACGAACGGCGCCUGUCUUGACAAGGACACCAAGUACAUUGACGAGGAGCUGGGCAAGUUUGGCGGCGAUGUGCAGUGGACGCGGCUGGAUGGGUCGGGACUGGUUGCCCUGCAAGGUCCUCAGGCUGCGGAGAUUCUGAGCGAGGUGCUUGCUACCGACAUCAACCUCAAGGAGUUUUACUUUGGAAACACCGUCCAGGCGCAGCUCAAGCUCGCGGACGGCAGCAAGACGCACCCCGUCCUCAUCAGCCGCGGCGGCUACACCGGCGAGGACGGCUUCGAGAUCUCCUUCAACGGCAAGCUGUACCCCGCGUCGGAGAGCACCGUCAAGGCCGUCGAGUCCCUCAUCAAGGCCGCCGGCCCGGAGCGCCUCCAGAUGGCCGGCCUGGGCGCCCGCGACUCGCUCCGCCUCGAGGCGGGCAUGUGCCUCUACGGCCACGACCUGGACGACACCACGACGCCCGUCGAGGCGGGCCUCAGCUGGAUCAUCCCGCCCGAGCGGCGCAAGGCCGGCGGCUUCCACGGCGCAGAGGUCAUCCUGCCGCAGCUGACGCCCAAGUCCAAGGGCGGCGCCGGCGUCGAGCGCAGGCGCGUGGGCUUCGUCGUGCAGGGGGCGCCCGCGCGGGAGGGCGCGGAGAUUCAAAACAAGGACGGCGACAAGGUUGGCGUGAUUACGAGCGGCGUGCCGAGCCCGACGCUGGGCAAGAACAUUGCCAUGGGGUACAUCAAGGACGGGCUGCACAAGGCGGGCACCGAGGUGGAUGUUGUUGUGCGCGGGAGGAAGAGGCCGGCUGUGGUGACCAAGAUGCCGUUUACGCCUGCCAAGUACUGGAAGGCGCCGGCUUAA